UCAGCAGGUCUCCAGGGUAUAGCAUGAGGGAGGCAAACACAGAGAGAGAGAGAGAGGGCUGGUCCCAAGACACACACACACACACACACGCACACGCUAGUAGCCAGCCGUCACUGGCCCGUUCCCCUUAAGGGCAGACAGGCAUGGAGGCUAAGGACGGGGACAAAAAGCAGAAGAGCUCGGAGGAGGACGUGGGGACUAGCUUGUUCCACCGCCGUUUGGCCCACAGGAUGCUCCUGAACCCCCAGGAGGAGAUGAAGUUCCUGUUACACCGGUUGGUGGUCAUCGGAGGCAUCUCUCCUGAGCUUGCUGACAAGCGGGACCUGGGAGGCCAUUACGAGAAAUUAAACCAGCGCUUGCAGCGGCAUUGCCAUGGAGACGGAUUCACGGGGCUGCUCCUCCUGUACCCGUCCCACCUGGUGCACGUUGUGGAGUCCUCCAGCGAAGUCCUUGUUUCUGUGCUGCAGGACCUGAGUGACAUGAAAGAGCAGUCACACAGCGCCCUGAUCGUGGAGCCCAGAGUUCUGGUGGUGUCACAUGACCUGCCCAGCAGGAUCUUCCAGGACUGGAGGUACAAGGUUCUGGACUUGCCAGCCACUACGCUGACCAGCGCCACCAGAAAAGAGCCAAUCGGGAAACUGAUCAGCGAUGCGCUGACCCUGCUCCUCAAGCUAGGAGACCACCUGCUCAAAUCGGGCAAGGACUUGAAGACCUCCCUGGAGUCCCUCCAGGAGAAAGCCCCGGAGCUGAUCGUCCCACAGGACGUCCUGGCUCAGCUCCUGGAGAGGGAGGAGCUCCUCACCCCUCAGCAGUACCUGCAGGUGUACCACUCUCCCAUCAGCAUCCCCAUCGACUCCAGGCACGUGUUUGGAAGCUGCUGUCCGGCCACAGUUUAACCGUUUGCCAAAGGGUCAAAGUGUGCACGGCCUUCAUCAGAUACGUCCAAGAGUGAGACCUGGAACUGUCUGUGUGAUACAGAC